AUGGUCUCCUUCUCAUCCCUCCUCCUUGCGUGCUCUGCGGCCACCGUUUUUGCUGCCCCCUCCGACCAGAGCGUCGCCGAGCGUUCCCUGGCUGAGCGCUCUACCGGCAGCUCCACCGGCACCAGCGGCGGCUACUACUACUCUUUCUGGACCGACGGCGGCGGCGACGUCACUUACACCAACGGCGAUGGCGGCUCCUACACUGUUGAGUGGUCGGACGUUGGCAACUUUGUCGGCGGAAAGGGAUGGAACCCUGGAAGCUCCCAGACCAUCACCUACUCCGGCUCCUUCAACCCAAGCGGCAACGGCUACCUCUCUGUCUACGGCUGGACGCAGAACCCCCUGAUCGAGUACUACAUCGUCGAGUCGUACGGCGAUUACAACCCCGGCACCGCUGGAACCCACCAGGGGACUGUUGAGUCCGACGGCUCAACCUACGACAUCUACACCGCGACUCGCGAGAACGCGGACUCAAUUGAGGGUACUGCCACCUUUACUCAGUUCUGGUCCGUUCGCCAGAACAAGCGCGAGUCUGGCAGCGUCACCACCCAGAACCACUUCGAUGCCUGGUCCAACCUCGGCAUGACCCUUGGUACCCACAACUACCAGAUCGUGGCUGUCGAGGGCUACCAGAGCAGCGGAUCUGCUUCCAUUACCGUUUCCUAA